CCAGUCGCGCGUUUGUGGGUACUUCCCCGUCCGUUGCGCACUGUGUGCCAGGCGCUCUUGGUGGUGCUGCUUCUCUCGUGCCUGGUGUCAGACAUGGCGGAGGCGAUGGAUUUGGGCAAAGACCCCAACGGGCCUACCCAUUCCUCAACUCUGUUCGUGAGGGAGGACGGCAGCUCCAUGUCCUUCUACGUGCGGCCCAGCCCGGCCAAACGCCGGCUGUCGACGCUCAUCCUGCACGGCGGCGGCACCGUGUGCCGGGUGCAGGAACCGGGGGCGCAACAGGAACCACAGAAUAAGAGAACUCCAGACUUGCCUGAAGAAGAAUAUGUGAAAGAAGAGAUCAAGGAGAAUGAUGAAGCAGUGAAAAAGAUGCUUGUAGAAGCCACCCGGGAGUUUGAGGAAGUUGUGGUGGACGAGAGCCCUGAUUUUGAAAUACAUAUAACGAUGUGUGAUGAUGAUCCACCCACACCUGCCGAAGACUCAGAAACACAGCCUGAUGAGGAAGAAGAAGAAGAAGAAGAAAAAGUUUCCCCACCAGAGGUGGGAGCUGCCAUUAAGAUCAUCCGGCAGUUAAUGGAAAAGUUUAACUUGGAUCUAUCAACAGUUACACAGGCCUUCCUAAAAAAUAGUGGUGAGCUGGAGGCCACUUCCUCCUUUUUAGAGUCUGGUCAGAGGGCUGAUGGAUACCCCAUUUGGUCCCGACAAGAUGAUAUAGAUUUGCAAAAAGAUGAUGAGGAUACCAGAGAUGCAUUGGUCAAAAAAUUUGGUGCUCAGAAUGUAGCUCGGAGGAUUGAAUUCCGAAAGAAAUAAUUGGUAUGAUAAUGAGAAAAGAAAGAAGGCAUGGCAGAUGAGGCGGGUUAAAAAAAAAAUUUGUGACCAUUGAACUUUAAAGAGUUCUUAUAUUAGAACUGACACUUAGCUUUUGACCAGUGCUGUUGUUGCUCUGUGAGUCCUAGAUUUUGUAGCCAAGCAGAGUUAUGUAGGAGGAUAAAAAUAAAAGAAAUUGGAUAUAUUUUGAGCUGUUCCUAGCAAAUAUCAGUGUGUUUGUGAAAGGAAAGUCUAUACUAGAGAGUGG